ACUUCUUUUUUUUUACAUAAAAUUAUAUCUUAGUAUCAUAAAUAUUAAUAGUAAUUAUAGAAAUAAUAAUACAUAAAAAUGUCUAUUCUUAAAAUUACUGGAAGACAAAUAUUAGAUAGUCGUGGUUAUCCAACGGUAGAAGUGGAUGUAAUUACAAAUAAAGGUUUAUUUCGUGCUGCUGCACCAAGUGGAGCAUCAACUGGUAUCUAUGAAGCAAAUGAAUUACGUGAUAAUGGACACGAAUUUCAUGGUAAAGGUGUACUCAAAGCUGUAAACAAUGUGAAUAAAAUUAUUGCACCAGCAUUAAUUAAAAAGAAUUUAUGCGUCACAGAACAAAAAGCUAUUGAUGAAUUCAUUGUUAAAGAAUUAGAUGGUACACCAAAUAAAACUCAUUUAGGUGCUAAUGCUAUUUUGGCUGUUUCUUUGGCUAUACUAAAAGCUGGAGCUGCAGAAAAGAACCUUCCAGUAUACCGUUAUAUUGCAGAUUUAGCUGGUAAUGUUUCAUUCACUUUACCAGUACCCGCAUUUAAUGUUUUAAACGGUGGGAAACAUGCUGGAAAUAAAUUGGCAUUUCAAGAGUUUAUGAUAUUCCCUGUGGGCGCAACAUCUUUUGCUGAAGCUCUACGUAUGGGCAGUGAAACUUAUCAUCAUUUACGUAGAAUUAUUCAAAAGAAAUAUGGUAUAAAUGCUUGUAAUGUUGGUGAUGAAGGCGGAUUUGCACCGAAUAUUUCAACACCGAUAGAAGCACUUGAUUUAAUUGUUGAUGCAAUUGUAGAAGCUGGUUACGUGGGUAAAAUUGUUAUUGGAAUAGAUGUUGCUGCCUCUGAAAUGUAUUCACCUAAAAAUGAUAAAAAGUACAAUUUUGACUUUAAAGAAUCCUGUUCCCAGGAACAAACACAUUUUCUUACUGGAGAAAAAUUAUUAGACUAUUAUACAAAUUUAUCACUACGUUAUCCAUUAGUUAGCAUUGAAGAUCCAUUCGAUCAAGAUGAUUGGGAUAAUUGGAUUAAACUGCGUUCACGUGUACCAAUUCAAAUUGUAGGUGAUGAUUUAUUGGUUACCAAUCCAACAAGAGUUCAAAAAGCGAUUAAUGUUGGUGCAUGUAAUGCAUUAUUGCUAAAAGUCAAUCAAAUUGGUACAUUUACAGAAGCUUUAACUGCUUGUCGAUUAGCUAAAGAAGCUGGUUGGAGAGUUAUGGUAUCACAUCGAUCCGGUGAAACUGAGGAUACAACUAUAGCUGAUUUAGCUGUUGGAUUAAAUUGUGGUCAGAUUAAAACUGGUGCACCGUGUCGUUCUGAAAGACUUGCAAAAUAUAAUCAAUUAUUACGUAUAGAAGAAGAAUUAGGAUGUUAUGCAGUGUAUGCUGGAAAUGUAUUUCGGGCACAUGGAAUAUGCUGAAAUAAAGUUACAACUACAAAAGCAAAAACUUUAAAACUUAGAAGGAUGUAGAGUAUUUUAUUUUUAUUACUAAUUUUUGUUUAGAACAAUAAGAG